UAGAGUUUCAUUUUUUUAAUCCAAAUAGCUACAAGUUUUAUUAUUUAGUCGUUUUUCCUCAUUGCUAUUUAUUUUCUCGAUUGUUUAUAUUGGUAAUACGUGACUUCAAUUUGAUAUAACAUUCGGCUGGAUUGCAUUAUAAUGUUAGGGUCUAGGUCUAGCUUCACAACUGUUUCAAAGUGUGAUAUGAAACAACGGUGUGUAAGUUGUGGUUUAUCAAUUUGUUCCUGUUUUAUAAUUAUCGCUUGAGUUUCAGCUGAGGUUUUUUUUUUUUUGUUCAUUGAGUUUCAGCUGAGGUUAGUUGUUAUUGACUAAAUGAUUGAAAUUAUUAAUCAAUAAAAUGUUAUUUCAUAUAUGCUUGGCCGUUGUUUUCCGCAAGUUGUUCUAAUUACUAGGGUCUUGGAGUUUGGUGCACAAAAAAAGAAAGGGAAAAAAAGGUAUUUAACAAGCCUUUGGUGGCAAGUGACUGAGUUUGCUUGCGUGAUUGAUGCACUUGACUUUAGGUUGUGAUUUCUGGACUAACAUGUUCAUUGUCAAAGUAUACUAGCGUUUAUUGCAUUAUGUCUCUCAUUUCGGAGGAGUUGUAGAAAAUGGAAAAAGGUCCAAGUGAACUAAUCAAAUUGUCCGACUUAGAAUCUUUCCAUGUAAGUGACUAGGUCCAUGAAUUACUGUCGUUUUUGUCCUGUGGGAAACAUAUAGUUUCUUUGUGUGAAGCAUUUUCAGCUGCGCUGCUAUUAAAUUUGCUCUUUACGACACCUUCCUUUCAUCGUUCUCAAUGCUAGGAGGGAUUAAAUUGAUAUUUGGUGAUAUAAUUCUCCCUGAUGCUCUUUGCUUGGUGAUUCUGCUUGUGUGAAGUAAACAGUUAUGGUUGAUAUCAUCUCCGCUAUUGAAUUUAAUAGAACUGGGGAUCACCUUGCUACCGGAGAUCGAGGAGGCCGGGUGGUUUUGUUUGAAAGGACAGACACUCAAGAUCAUGUUGGGCAUCGGAGAGAUCUAGAGAAGAUGGAUUAUCCAAUUAAUAGGCACCCUUUAUUUCGCUAUAAAACAGAGUUUCAGAGCCAUGAACCUGAGUUUGACUAUCUCAAGAGCUUGGAAAUUGAGGAGAAAAUUAACAAAAUUAGGUGGUGCCAGUCGGCUUACGGUGCUCUUUCUCUUUUGUCGACAAAUGACAAAACAAUCAAGUUCUGGAAGGUACAAGAGAAGCAGGUAAAAAAAGUAUGUGACUUGAAUGUGGAUUCCACCAAAGCCAUGGGAAAUGAUCCUAUUGUUGGUUCAAGUAUAUCAACAAGCUCCAAACAAUACAUGGCAAAUGGAGGAUGCACAAGCAAUGACUUUUCAUUGCUAAGUGGGGGUUUGCCAUCUUUGCGUUUGCCUAUGGUAACUACUCUUGAGACAAACCUUAUGGCCAGAUGUCGAAGAAUAUAUUCUCAUGCGCAUGACUAUCAUAUUAAUUCCAUAUCCAAUAACAGUGAUGGUGAAACUUUUAUUUCGGCUGAUGACCUGCGAAUUAAUCUCUGGAACCUGGAAAUUAGCAACCAAAGUUUUAACAUUGUUGAUGUGAAACCUGCAAACAUGGAGGAUUUGACUGAGGUGAUAACUUCGGCAGAAUUUCAUCCUAUACACUGUAAUAUGUUAGCUUACAGUAGUUCAAAAGGUUCAAUUCGUCUUAUUGAUAUGCGACAGUCUGCAUUGUGUGAUACCCACAGUAAAUUGUUUGAGGAACAAGAAGCUCCAGGCUCCAGGUCUUUUUUCACAGAUAUCAUAGCAUCAAUCUCAGACAUCAAGUUUGCCAAGGAUGGAAGACACAUACUAAGUCGUGACUACUUGACCCUUAAGCUGUGGGACAUAAAUAUGGAUUCUGGUCCAGUUGCAACCUUCCAAGUUCAUGAAUACCUUAGGCCUAAGCUUUGUGAUUUGUAUGAAAAUGAUUCCAUCUUUGAUAAAUUUGAGUGUUGUCUAAGUGGAGAUGGACUUCGAGUGGCUACUGGUUCCUACAGCAAUCUGUUUCGGGUGUUUGGUUGUUCUGAAGGUAGCAAGGAAGCAACAACACUAGAAGCCAACAAAAACCCCAUGAGAAGACAAGGUCUGACAGCAUCAAGACCUUCAAGAUCUCUUGGUAGUCCUUCUGGUGUUGUUAGACGAGGGAAAGGAGCAGAUAACUCAGCACUUGAUGCAAAUGGAAAUACUUUUGAUUUCACAACAAAGUUGCUACACCUAGCAUGGCAUCCAACUGAAAACUCCAUCGCUUGUGCCGCAUCAAACAGUUUAUACAUGUACUAUGCGUGAAGAUGAUCCAAUGGAGCUAAUGUUUUUUUCCCGGGCAGGGCUUUUGCUGAUUGCUUUUUGCUUUGCGCCUUCCUCUCUAAUUAAUGAUGCUGAAGCUGCAGCGGUUUAUCACAAUACUCUUGGUGAUUUAUUGAAAUUUUCUAGGCUUAAGUAUAAAAAAAAAAUCUCUUCAAUUAAAAUUAAAUAAUUAUCCAAGCCCCUAUCAUUUUAUUACAAUCAAUUAAACAUCUAUUUUCACUUAAUUGACCUCUAGAUUGGAUGGAAACUGAUGAUACCUCUAAUCAAGGGCUCAAUUUGAUGGAAAUAGAUGUUUGAAAUUUUAAUGAACUGCAAUAAAAUGAUGUGGGCUUGGAUGAUCAUUUGGUUUUAGUUUAGGGACCUUUUUUUAUAUUUAAGCUAAUUUUCUAUCAUGUCUAAUGUCUUCCAAGUUCCAACACCAGAAGUCCAAUGUUGCUGUUGUUGAUUUGUGGAGGAGGUAAAUUGGUCCUUUCAUACACAUUUAAUAUUCUUUAUAGGGAUAGACACAGUGGUAUUCCCAGUCUGACUUUGUUUAGUGGGAGAAAAUAUGAUGAUUAGCACUCCGUCUACACUUAAACAACAGCUUUUCUAAUUAUGCUGGAAAUGGCAAUGGCAAUGGCAAUGGCAAUGACAAGGGAAAUGUUGCUGGGUUUUGGAGACCAAUGGGGAUCUUAAACCCAAAUUCCAAGGGGAAAAAAGAGCUAUACAGGUGCAUCAAUUCUCUUUGAUAUAAUUUUAGCCCUUUGUGCUUAAAUCUUGUACUAUUUCAACUUUAAUAUGUGUUAUGAUUAUUGUUCUGUUAAUUUCUAACUAUUUUCCUUUCUCUUCCUCCGUAGCCAUAGAAUUUGCUGUUUUCUGUUGGUUUUGGGAUGAAGUAGAAGCUCUCGUUAAAAACCAUUCUCUGUCUGACUCACGUUAUCUCCCGAGUUAUUUAUCUAUGAUUUUAUAUUA